AUGCAGAGCAGUGUCAACCAGAAGCUCGCGACGGACUUUGUCGACGCCGCGUACAUUCGCCAGGGCAGCGACGCGCUCAAGAGCCACGAGAAGAAGCUCACGGCGCUCCUCGCCCAGCGCAAGCUCCCAGAGGACGGCUGGGACGACCUCAGCAUCCAGGUCUUGCUCAACGACUUGGCCCAAAUGGACAGCAACAACUUUGCCCACAACGCAGGCGCGGGCGAGCGCGAGGCCCGCGUUGCGAGCAGCCUCGUGCGCAAUCGCUGCUUCCACCUCGCCCACGGUGUCGGCCGAUCGGGCGACAUCUGCGCGGUCCAGCCCAAGGCCGCAGGAUCCUCGCUCCUCGUGCAGCUCACCAACUGCCUCGUCCUCGACAUGCUCCACCUCGCUGGCAUCAAGAAUGCCAAGAGCGCAAUCGUGCUCCCCGUGGCCACGGGCAUGGCACUGCUCUUUGCGAUGCUGACGCUGCAGGCGCAGGCGCGCGUGCCAGGCCGUCCGCACACCAAGCGCUACGUGCUCUGGCCGCGCAUUGCCAAAAGCCUCGAGCCCGUUGUGAUCGAGAACGUCUUGGACGGCGACGAGCUGCGCACGGACCUCGCAGCGCUUGAAGCCAAGAUGCGCGAACUCGGGCCCGAGAACAUUCUGUGCGUGCUCUCGACCACGAGCUGCUUUGCGCCGCGCGGCUACGACCGCGUCGACGAGAUCGCGCAGCUCUGCCGGCAAUACGAUAUUGGGCACGUCAUCAACAAUGCCUACGGACUCCAGUCGUCCAAGUGCACGCACCUCGUGAAUCAAGCAUUUCGGCUCGGGCGCGUCGACGCGUGCAUCCAGAGCACGGACAAGAACUUUCUCGUGCCCGUCGGUGGCGCCGUCAUCUCAGUCACCUCAGGCCUUUGUACAAGCGAUCGGCAAGAUGUACCCAGGCCGCGCGAGCAACGCGCCAGCGCUGGACCUUUUCAUUACGAUGCUGCACCUUGGCCGACGCGGGUACAAGGCGCUUCUGGACGAACGCAAGCGCCUCGUGCCCUACUUUUCCGCGGCGCUCACGUCGGUCGCGACGGCCCACGGCGAACGCGUCCUCGUCACGCGGCACAACGAUGUACACAUUGUCGACACGUCCGUCCCCAGCGUCCGACCGAAUCUUGUGUAGAUUUCGUUUUGCUUGACAUUGAGCCACGUGGGCGGCAACGACGCGACGUUCCUCGGCUCGAUGCUCUUUUCGCGCGGCGUCUCGGGCACGCGGUACCCAUAUUGCUCUGUAAACCUAGUGCGAUGCCCUCUGACGCUAGCGUCGUCACCGGCACAUCGCGCGCGACGAUCGUGGGCCACGCGUUUGAGGGCUUUGGCGCGCACUCGGCGACGUACCCGACCGCGUACCUCUCGGCGGCCUGCGCGAUUGGCAUGACCCAAGACGAAAUCGACGUCUUCAUCGCGCGGCUCAACAAGACUCUCGGCGACUUCCACGCCAAGUCGGCCAAUGCUCUAAAGAAGAAGAACGCACCGAACGUUGUCGUCUAG